AUGUAUUUGAUGUUCACAAUUUUAAGUCUGUUACUGCCGACUAGUUCCUGUAAUACUCUGGCUGACUCCAAAUUACUAGGAUUAGGGUACGAUCUGCUGAGAGCAAACCCCGAAGGUGGACGUUUCUCUACUUCUGGCCUUGAUCCUGGUAUUAAACCAACUAGACAGAUACUUCAAAUUGAUGAUACAAACAGAAACUUCCUUAUUCGAGUAGACAAUGUUACUUUCUGCACCAAUCACACAACAUAUGAAUAUUUCAGUGAUGCUAAAACUAAACAAGAGUUCCUUCUUAGGGAUUAUGUUUCAAGCGGUGAUGGUGACAUGCUCAUUCGUCCAUAUGCCUUCAUGGCUGGAUCUGCUCUAGAUAGUGUUACUAAACCAAAUGUUAUUACUGUUGCCGAGAUAACUGUUUGUAACCGAGGACGUAGUCGUUAUGUAAUGCCUCCAGCUUAUCCAUCCUUACACAAACUGAAUGACGAAUUUAUAGCUGCAGUUUGUUCUUUGCCAACACCAUACGAUCCAACGGUCUAUAGUCUAUUUCUGAAAGACUGGGGAACGCAUGUAAUUGUUGAAGUUGAAACUGGGACAAAGUCAGUCGGUCAAUAUGAAAUCGCAGCAACUAGAGUUGCAGAAGAACUAUUCAAGAAAUAUACCGAUCCACCUAUAUGGAAAGUUGAAAUUGUAAAAGAUGACGGAACUAUGGCUUAUCUUAACAUGUCCAACAUACCGACAUCAGAUUUCAAAACAUUAACAAUCGGAAACCAACGUAAACAACUGAAUGUUGGCAGAAUGGGUAUAUCUGAGCCCAUUGAGUUUCAUUUGGUGUCCAUUGCACGAUUCUUACAUGACGAUUUCGGUACAUAUGGCAGCAUCCAGCAUUGGGAUAGCAUUUGUCCCAUUUUAAUGAACAGAACUUUUGCAGUUACUCUGGUAAAGCAUAAUCUGCGCAGAGCUAUGCAUACAUACCCGUCUACCUAUCGCAUAAUGUCAACACCGUCAGAAAUUACGCAAGUAUUGAGUGUGCCAUUAAUGUGGCCAAUGGGAACAUUUUCAUUAUAUCAACCAGUAUCAGGAUGUCCUCAUGCAAAUCAUUGGUUUAAAACAGGGUGGAGAUUUUAUGACAACGAAGACAAUUCAGAUGCUAACUCAUGGUCUUUAGGGCAUCAUUUAGCUGGUGAAACACAUAUUAAACAAAACUCCAAAUUUUACUUCUGCACACAGACGUCCGGAAAUACAGGUGUGUACAGCAGGAAUUGGCCCGCUGGAAAUUACUGUAUUCUGAAGUAUGGAUCAUGUCCUACAAGUUUUGAUGAAGGCUAUAUUCACUGGGAUGAUGAGAAUUCCGGUAAUGGUAACGCAGUAAAUGGUAUCUUACCAUACGGAACAUAUGGUUCUGACACAGAUAUCUAUUUCUGCUGCAGAAAUGAUGGGCAUACCGCCGACAAGAUUUAUCUACCUAUAGACAAACCUUUUUAUUUAAUGAGAUACACCAGCGGAUGUCAGCAAGUCCAUGGCAUGGUUGUUAGUGAAGAAUAUUUUCAUUUUAAUGACGAAAAGGAUAGCAACAAAGACAGUUGUCAUGGAGAUCAUCCAUACGACACUGGCUGUAACAAAGAUCACACUUUAUAUUUUUGUUACUACGAGAUUGAUCGUCAAGGUUCUUAUGUCUUUGGAUAA